AUGAUACCAGAAACAAAACCUCAACAAUAUCAACAGCAACACAGCUUUAAAACAGAAAAUAUGAUGCAGAAAAUCACCUCACAAGAAAGACAGCAGAGCGCAAGAUUUCUGGGUCCAUCGCGAGAACGAAGUCCCACAUUGCCAAAUUCAUUGGCUGGACAAUGUGUUGCAGCUAAUAACAAUCAUCCGUUACAUCGGCCGUGUGCGUCAUGCUCAACCGAUUUAUGUGAACAUCAUGCAACAAGCAAACCAUACGGUCCGAGUCCAAUAUUCAAUGAUUCUUGUCGAAGUUAUGAACCAACCGAUCGAUCAAUAUUCGAUGAAUCGGGCAUCGGAUUCACAGAUUCGCACAUUGACAAUCGGAUAGAAUGUACGGAGUUAGGAAAUAGCGGAAAGACUUAUGUUCAAAUGAAAUCCGAACCAGCUGGUGGAGCGAGUAGCCCAGAAUCAUCAGCAGAAGUUGGCAGUGGACCGGAUGAUUGUGCUGGAUGUGGCCGUUUAAUACAGGAUCGUUUUUAUUUAUCAGCUGUUGAGAAGCGAUGGCAUGCCGCCUGUCUACAAUGCAGUAUAUGCCAACAGCUUCUUGAAGGUGAAACGUCAUGUUUUUCGCGUGGUGGAAAUAUUUAUUGCAAAUCGGACUACUACAGGUAG